UGUUGCAAGCCCUGGUGCUGCACUCAGUCUGUGGUGGAGACGCUGCCGCUCCAUGGGAAACUGCUUCACAGUGCGAUGCAAACAGCGGCCGAUUACUGCAGGUACCAGAACGAUGCCAUAGAGCUGUCGCAGACCAAAAGAGCCAAGAUGCCAUACGGGAGGCCAGAUUCGAUGGGCAGUUUUGAGGAUGACUUCGAGAGGGAUUAUGAGAACGUCAAUCCCAAUCAGCCACCACCCCAGCCUCAGAUACAGCCACAGUGGCAAGCAAAGGCAGAGCCAGCUGUCUCCACUCUGAAGGCAGUGGAGCAGAGAGGCUGUGGGAGAAAGUCCUGGGGCAUCCUCUUAGCCCUGCUGGUGGUGUCUCUGCUGGUGUCGACAGCCGCCUUCUUGCUCAUGCUCCUGAAAUGGAUCCCGUGCUGCCCAGAUGGCUGGGAGGAGUACCAGAAGAAAUGCUACUUCUUCUCCUCGGAGAAGGAGCCCUGGGAUACGGCCAAGAGAGCGUGCAGCAGCCACAGUGCAGAGCUAGCUGUCAUCAGCAACCAAUGGGAGCAGGCCUUCCUGACAGUGGGGAUCAAUUCUGUUCGACACUGGAUUGGCCUGAGCCACAAAGGCACAGAAGCAAGCUGGACGUGGGUGGAUGGCUCACCGGUAUCAUAUACAUCUUGGUCUUCAGGGAUCGCCAGUGUUAAUAACACUCAGAAACACUGCAUCCAUCUCACAGAGGGUGUCAGAGGCGAGUGGAGCAACACAGAGUGUGAGACUCGCUAUAACUUCAUUUGUGAAAGAUCUGGGCCCUUUUGUGUGUAAUUUGCACCUUUGAAAACAUUUUGUCAUUUUGAGGUUUAUUUUCUUUAAGCAGCCAAUAAAAGUCAAUAGAGCCCUA